AUGGCAGCCGCUGCGAAAUUCAUCCCUACCGCUGCCGCCCUUUCGACCAGACUGAGCGUUCACUGCAAAACCCUGGCCAAUCACGUCAUGAACAACCGGAAUCGCUCUUUCGAGAUUGUCAUUGCUUUCAUGUUUAGCGUGCCCUGGCUGCCGGCUGGCGAGCACUGGGAGGACGAUGAGGGGGAUUGGGCAAGAUUUGAUACCCAUAACAGAAUAACGAUGCAAAAACAGUUGAACAAAACCUGGGUUUUCUCUAUCGUACAAUAA